ACACGACAUCCGUCUGCUGCUGGCCGACCCGCCGCUCAUGCACAAGUACGAAGAGUUCAUGCUGCGCCGGUACCUGGCUUCGGACCCCGACUGCCGCUGGUGUCCGGCCCCAGACUGCGGUUAUGCUGUUAUUGCCUAUGGCUGUGCCAGCUGCCCAAAGCUAACCUGUGAGAGGGAAGGCUGCCAGACUGAGUUCUGCUACCACUGCAAGCAGAUAUGGCAUCCAAACCAGACCUGCGAUAUGGCCCGUCAGCAGAGGGCUCAGACUUUACGAGUUCGGACCAAGCACACUUCAGGUCUCAGCUAUGGGCAAGACUCUGGACCAGAUGACAUCAAGCCAUGCCCACGAUGUAGUGCUUACAUUAUCAAGAUGAAUGAUGGAAGCUGUAAUCACAUGACCUGUGCAGUGUGUGGCUGUGAAUUCUGCUGGCUUUGCAUGAAAGAGAUCUCCGACUUGCAUUACCUCAGUCCCUCUGGCUGUACAUUCUGGGGCAAGAAGCCAUGGAGCCGGAAGAAGAAGAUUCUUUGGCAGUUGGGCACAUUGAUUGGUGCUCCAGUGGGGAUCUCUCUCAUAGCUGGCAUUGCAAUUCCUGCCAUGGUCAUUGGCAUUCCUGUUUACGUUGGGAGGAAGAUUCACAGCAGAUAUGAGGGAAGGAAAACCUCCAAACACAAGAGGAAUUUGGCCAUCACAGGAGGAGUGACUUUAUCAGUCAUUGCGUCCCCAGUGAUUGCUGCUGUCAGUGUUGGUAUUGGUGUCCCCAUUAUGCUGGCAUACGUUUAUGGGGUUGUACCCAUUUCUCUCUGUCGCGGAGGUGGCUGUGGAGUUAGCACAGCCAAUGGAAAGGGGGUGAAAAUUGAGUUUGAUGAAGAUGAUGGUCCAAUCACAGUGGCAGAUGCCUGGCGGGCCCUCAAGAACCCCAGCAUUGGGGAGAGCAGCAUCGAAGGCCUGACUAGUGUGCUAAGCACCAGUGGGAGCCCUACAGAUGGACUCAGUGUUAUGCAAGGCCCUUAUAGUGAAACAGCCAGCUUUGCUGCCCUUUCCGGGGGCACACUGAGUGGUGGCAUUCUCUCCAUCGGCAAGGGAAAAUACAGCAGCUUAGAAGUCCAAGCCGAUGUCCAAAAGGAAAUUUUCCCCAAAGACACAGCCAGUCUUGGUGCAAUUAGUGACAACGCAAGCACUCGUGCUAUGGCCGGUUGUGGUGGCGCACGCCGGUAGGAUUUGCUGAAGGAG